CUUUGUGACUUUGACGUAAACUUCAAACACAGCCCGCUUUCCUGUCUCCACAUCAAGGAAAUAGGCUGAGUUUCAGAGAAACCUGUUGCCAGGAGCGCAUCAGGCCUUCCGCACUGGGUCCCUGCCCAGCUCGGGCCUCCGUGCUCUGCCGCUGUGUCCAGAACCAGUUGCUGUGGGCUUUGGAACUGAAGACCAGAGACCUUGCAGGUGGCCUGUGCCUUGACCUCCAUUGGCACAUCCCCAGGGUCUGGAGAGGCGCAGGGGCGCGCAACCUGCGCAGGGCUGCGGCGGCGAUGCCGGACCCCGCGGCGCACCUGCCAUUCUUCUAUGGCAGCAUCUCGCGCGCCGAGGCCGAGGAGCAUCUGAAGCUGGCGGGCAUGGCCGAUGGGCUCUUCCUACUGCGCCAGUGCCUGCGAUCGCUGGGAGGCUACGUUCUCUCCCUCGUGCACGACGUGCGCUUCCACCACUUCCCCAUCGAGCGCCAACUCAACGGCACCUACGCCAUCGCUGGUGGAAAGGCGCACUGCGGCCCCGCCGAGCUCUGUGAGUUCUACUCGCGUGACCCCGACGGGCUGCCCUGCAACCUGCGCAAGCCGUGCAACCGGCCGUCGGGGCUUGAGCCGCAACCCGGGGUCUUUGACAGCCUGCGCGACGGCAUGGUGCGGGACUACGUGCGCCAGACCUGGAAGCUGGAGGGCGAGGCCCUAGAGCAGGCCAUCAUCAGCCAGGCCCCGCAGGUGGAGAAGCUUAUCGCCACGACAGCUCACGAGCGGAUGCCUUGGUACCACAGCAAUCUGACUCGCGAGGAGGCCGAACGCAAACUCUAUUCCGGCUCGCAGACCGACGGCAAGUUCCUGCUGAGACCCCGGAAGGAGCAGGGCACGUACGCACUGUCUCUGAUCUACGGGAAAACCGUGUACCACUACCUCAUCAGCCAGGACAAGGCGGGCAAGUACUGCAUUCCCGAGGGGACCAAGUUUGACACGCUCUGGCAGCUGGUGGAGUACUUGAAACUGAAGGCCGAUGGGCUCAUAUACUGCCUGAAGGAAGCCUGUCCCAACACCAGCGCCAGCUCAGGGGCCGCUGCUCCCACGCUCCCAGCCCACCCAUCCACAUUCACCCACCCUCAGAGACGAAUCGACACUCUCAACUCAGAUGGAUACACCCCUGAGCCAGCACGCCUAGGGUCCUCUGAGAAAGUGCGAACCAUGCCCAUGGACACCAGCGUGUACGAGAGCCCCUACAGCGACCCUGAGGAGCUCAAAAACAAGAAGCUUUUCCUCAAGCGUGAGAACCUCCUCAUGGCUGACAUAGAACUUGGCUGUGGCAACUUUGGCUCUGUUCGCCAGGGCGUCUACCGCAUGCGCAAGAAGCAGAUCGAUGUGGCCAUCAAGGUGUUGAAACAGAGCACAGAGAAGGCGGACAAGGACGAGAUGAUGCGGGAGGCACAGAUCAUGCACCAGCUGGACAACCCUUACAUUGUGCGGCUCAUCGGUGUCUGCCAGGCAGAAGCUCUCAUGCUGGUCAUGGAGAUGGCAGGUGCCGGGCCCCUGCACAAGUUCCUGGUCGGGAAGAAGGAGGAGAUCCCUGUCAGCAAUGUGGCGGAGCUGCUGCACCAGGUGUCCAUGGGGAUGAAGUACCUGGAGGAGAAGAACUUUGUGCACCGUGACCUGGCGGCCCGCAACGUCCUGCUGGUCAACCGGCACUAUGCCAAGAUCAGCGACUUUGGUCUCUCCAAGGCACUGGGUGCCGAUGACAGCUACUACACUGCCCGCUCAGCAGGGAAGUGGCCGCUCAAGUGGUACGCGCCUGAGUGCAUCAACUUCCGCAAGUUCUCCAGCCGCAGUGAUGUCUGGAGCUAUGGGGUCACCAUGUGGGAGGCCUUCUCUUAUGGCCAGAAGCCCUACAAGAAGAUGAAGGGCCCCGAGGUCAUGGCCUUCAUUGAGCAGGGCAAGCGGAUGGAGUGCCCACCAGAGUGUCCACCUGAAAUGUACACACUCAUGAGCGACUGCUGGACCUACAACUCUUCAAUGCACUGAUCCUGCCAUGCUCCAGUGGCCCAGCACCCAACACCCUACCUGUGGACACCCGGUGAUCCAGCAUCUGAAACCUCUAACAUUCAACAUAGUGACCCUAUAGUACUCAAAAAAGUUAGUGCUCUUACCCAACAUGUGAUACUGAAACUCAGGGCCAUUAUAUAAUUCCUGUUUCCUAUCAGCCAACAUUCAACACCUCACUACCCAGACAGGCCGACACAGAAGCACCCAAAUACUCAAUGCCCCUCACUUCUGUCUGUUCGAAGCUCAGUGCUUGCACACCCAAACUCCUAACACCAUCAGUAUCUCCACUUCCCGUCAGACAACAGGGAACAUGCACUGAAGCUCUUACCUAUACUGAUCAGGUAAUGUGGGCCCUCCAAUAUUUGAUACCUUUGCUGCCCCAACAUCUAUUAGGGGCCAACACCCAUCAUAGGGACACCUGAACACCCAAGCAAUAGAAACCCUAUUUAUGAUAAAUGAAUAAGUGAUCAGCCAGUCCCUCCUCUACCAUGUAUUAAUCCAGCCUCUAUCAGGAAAUGCUCAACAAACAUCCCCAGAAAUUCCUGCUGUGGUGCCAUGGGUUAAGGAGCAGGUGCUGCCACAGCUGUGGCUCAGAUUGAGUCCCUGACCUGGGACUUCCAUAUGCAUCAGGUGUGGGUAGAAAAAGAAAAAAUAAAAACCCCAACACCCUAAUGCCUGAAGAGGCUAGAACACUCUGACACAACACAAAGAUAAGCUACACACAGUACCAUUAAUACCCCAACUUUCUACUGGCUGGAACCAUCAAUACUCCAGCGUUCUGCUCUGUUACUGGCAGCGUACCUGCAUCUGUAUGAGGUGGCCCCUAGCACCCAAAUACCCUGGCCAAAUAUACAUGCUCAGUACUUUAGCAUCAAUAUCCCAGCUCUCUGGUCAAUGGCUGUGACCUCAACAUUCAAUGAGCUCCCUUCCCAGUCAUCACUUAAUAUGUGCUUCCCUCCUCCAAUCCUAAAUGUUAUCAGCUCUUUUAUUAGGUGGUACAGCAACCUUACUCUCUCACCCAAGAGAGCCCUCCGUUACCCCCGCCCCCAGCCCCACUGCUUUCUGAGCUCCAUGCACGUCCGCCCACUAGCUGUCAUUGGGUUCUGGGGUUGUGGUCAGCGGCCUGGAUCUUCCCACCC